AUGCCGUCAUCUAAGAAAGCAGUGCCUCUAGGACUGCGGUGGCGUGCGUCCACUCUUUUCAUCAUCUCUACAGUGGCAGUUGGACUGUUCACCGACCUCUUUUUGUACGGGCUUGUGGUUCCAAUCCUCCCGUUUAUGCUCAGGGACCGUGUUGCUCUCCCCGAGGAUAAGAUACAAUCGUAUGUCUCUGGACUGUUGGCUGCAUAUGCCGGUGCUAGUGUUAUUUGUUCCAUACCAGUCGGCAUCAUCGCAGACAGAACAGGUGCCAGACAACUACCCUUCCUAUGUGGCCUGGCAGCCCUCUUAGCCGCAACUCUCAUGCUGGCAUUUGGCAAGAAUAUUCCCAUGCUCGUCAUGGCAAGACUGCUCCAGGGGACCAGUGCCGCUGUCGUAUGGACAGUAGGUCUGGCCAUGGUCCUCGAUACCGUCGGUCCCGAGAAUCUAGGCAAAGUGAUUGGCACAAUCUUUUCAUUCAUAUCGGUCGGCGAGCUCAUGGCUCCAGUGCUAGGCGGUGUCCUCUACCGCAAGACGGGGUACGCCGGAGUCUUUGGCCUCGGAUGCGCUCUAUUGGCCGUCGACUUUAUCCUUAGGAUAUUAGUGAUUGAGAAAAAAGUAGCAGCAAAAUACGACGGAUCGUUCUCUGGCCCCAAGAACCCUCGCGAAUAUAGCAGUCGAAACGAAGACCAAGACCAAGACACCGAGCAAAAUCACGAAGGAGAGACUGUACAGCGGCACCGUGUAGACGCCAACCGGGACGACGACCACCACGAGGACGGGAACCGCAACGACACAUCAAGACCGCGCACCGAAUACGAUCUCCUGUUGCCGAAAGCCACGGACGGCGCAGACAACGGCGACAACGAAAGAAACGAUGCUCGCCACGCCAUCCCCGCCGGUCAAAACAGGCUGAUCCGCACUCUGCCCAUCCUGUACUGUCUCACGGACUGCCGCCUCCUCGUCGCGCUCCUGUUGGCGUUCGUGCAAGCGGUGCUCCUCGCGACGUUUGACGCCACGAUCCCGACCGAAGCGCAGUCCCUCUUCUCGUUCGACUCGCUGCAGUCGGGCCUCCUCUUCGUCGCCCUCGACGUGCCGUACCUCGUCCUGGGCCCCGCGGCGGGCUGGUGCGUGGACCGGUACGGCACGAAACCCGCGGCGGUCGCCGGGUUCGGCUUCCUGGUGCCGACGCUGGUGCUGCUCCGCCUCCCUCCCGCGCGGCUCACGCCCACCGCCGAGACCGACGUCGUCCUGUUCUGCGGCCUGCUCGCCCUCAACGGCGUGGGCCUCGCGGUCAUCGGGUCGCCCAGCAUCGUCGAGGCGAGCGACGUCGUCCGACGCUACGACAAAGCCAACCCGGGCUUCUUUGGCGAGAACGGGCCCUACGCCCAGCUGUACGCCUUCAACUCCCUGGUCUUCAGCGCCGGCUUGACCAUAGGCCCCGUCCUCAGCGGCGGCCUGAGGGAUGCCAUCGGCUACGGGAACAUGAACCUCGUCGUCGCCGCCCUCUCGGCCUUGACUGCCAUCUUGUCAUUUUUCUUCGUUGGGGGGACGGAUUCAAAACUGUCCAUGAGGAAAUAG